AUGUCAUCUUCGUUCACCCUCGACAGGACCAUUUUCGCUCCAGCGCUCUACCAAAAGGUUCAAGAAGUCUGGCUCAGAGGCGUGGACCCCAGUGGCGAGAAAGUCAACAUGGAUGUUGUGAAGAGGUGGUUCAUGGGUACACCAGAAGAGCGCCUCGCUCUCGACAGAGAAUGCAGCGACAACUUCUUAUCAGCACUCGAAGCAAUUGGACCUUCAAAAGUCAUCACACCGACCGCAGAGCCAUUCCUUGACCAGUUGAAAGAGAUCGCGCAAAAGGACACAAACGGCGACGGUGCAGAAGCAGCCUCCGCAGCACUUAGCAUAGCCAUCCUUCUCGAUCAAAUGCCGCGCAACGUCUUCCGCACAAACGAAGGCCUUGUCAAGGUGUACUCCCAUUAUGACAAGAUCGCACAAGCUUUCGUACGCACCCUCUUCUCGCCAGAUUCGCCUAUACCACGACCAGAUCAGCAUCCGCAGUGGCGUAACUCCACGGCGCACAGGAUGUGGUUCUACAUGAUUAUGUGUCACUCGGAGGAUGUUGAAGUGCAUAAGCAGGUAGAUGGCUUGUUAGAGGAUUUACAGCGGGAUCUGGAGAAACAACCGGACUGUGCAGGUUCGAAAACACUGUUGGAAAAUCAAUUCAAGGCGGAGAAGGAGCACAGGGAGAUUAUAGAUAGGUUUGGAAGGUACCCACAUCGCAAUGGCGCACUGGGCCGGAACAGUACUGAAGAGGAGAUCAAGUUCAUGUCUGAUGGCGGGGCAACAUUUGGUGUUGCGCAGGAGAGGGAUGAACUGUAA